ACGGGCCGCACUCGCAUCAUUCUUUGACCCUUGGCACUGCCAGCGCAUGAUGUCGUCGUCGGUUGCUCCUCGCCGCCCGUCGUCGCCUCGCCUCCGCGCGCUCUCGUCCUCGUCCAGCAUCAGCGACGAGCGCGAGGCUGUGGCCGUGCGCCGAGCCAACAGCGCGGCCAAGCUCGCGGUCGUGACGCCGGACCGCUGCAAAGGCUGCCUCCGCCUCUUCUCCAAGAUGCUCACGACUAAGCAGUGCUUCCGCUGCAAGAACUAUGUGUGCGCGCUCUGCGUCUUCAAGGUGCCCAUGUUCCAUGGCGAGAAGGGCAAGCUGCCCAAGCACUCGCUCCACGCACGGCUCUGCGCAUCGUGCUACGACGAAAGCAUCCUUCGCGACAAUAGCACCAACAGCGCAAGCAGCCAGCCCGAGAUGAGCCCGCCGUCCGGACGCGACACCAAUGGCAGCCUCUUUGACGACGACGCCUGCGACUGCGCGCCGGCAUCAACCAUCGUCGUCGCGGGGCCGAGCGGCACGGCGUCGCUCUGGCUCUCUCUCGUCACGGGCUCGCUCAUGCUCGGCGCCGUGCUCCUCGAGUCGACCGACUUUCAUGUCCGCGCCGGCAGCCUCGUCGGCUUGUACGUGGUCUUUGUCGUCAUCCAUCCGCUCUGGAAGUCGCCAUCGACGCCGCUAUCCGCGCAGCUACCACCUCGACGAAAGCCCAAGGCGACGCGCGACCCGAGCGAGACUGCGUCCUCGGACGACGAAGACGAGCCAUCGAUUAACAUGGAUGCUGUCCUGCUCGCCAAGAAGGAGUGGCUCGAAGCCCGCUGGAGCGAGCUCACGUCGGAGCAAGCGGCAUGGGUCAAGAACGAGUCCAAGUCGACGGCAAGCGUCACGCUCUCGGAGCUCGACUGCGGCGACGACAUGCCCGUGUGCAUCAAGGUCGAGGCGUUUGUGCCCAACACGAGCGCCGACGAAAUACUCUCGUUCAUCGGCAACCCCGACCCGAAAGAGCGCAUCAAGUGGGAUUCCCACAUGGCCGCGCACACGGUUGUCGAGAGCGUCGAGUGGCCGGCGACCGCCCAGUCCGGUCGCGUCGUGCACAACGUGCAGAAGAGUCACGGCAUGGGCCUCGUGCCGUCGCGGGACUUUGUCUUGCUCGCGCUGCGCAAGUCGCCCACGAUCUACGUCCAAGGCAGCCUCGAGCACCCGAGCGUGCCGGACCGACCCGGCAGCGUCCGUGGACUGCUCCACAUUCUCGGCUUCGAGUGCGUGCAAACUGACGACGGCGUCCACUUGACGUACAUCAACCACGUCGACAUCAAAGGCUCGUUGCCGCGCAAGCUCGUGGCCAACGGCACGUGCGACAACAUGGUGAGGCUCAUGACGACCGCCAUCCACGCCAAGAAGAAGUGGCUCGUCUAAAUUGCCAAGUUGCUGUUGACAACAAGCCCGUCUGAAUGUAUGUAGAAAGUCCUAUUUUAGCCACA